GGAACACGCUGUCAUGGCGGAUGAGGACGCUUCGCAUGCAUUGGUAUGACCUAGAAACGCUGUGCCAAAUCAAGUUAUCCUAACUUUACUCCAAGUAUGCAUUAUUACAGGCCGUGGAAGCUGCCGCUGGUGGAAAAGACAGCAAUGGUACAAAAGCACCAUCAACAUCUGCAGCAGGGACACAGAUCGCUAUUCCUGGCAAAACAACUCCGAUAGCGACAACGGGUUUUGCUACAUCAUUAAGCGCAGCACCAAACCAAUCUACCCCGAUAUCAAAACCGCAGCCGCUUCCCUCCACCCCAAAGAUCAACAGUCCAGCUCCGACGGUCCGGCCGCUCAAUCAAAUUAUCCCUGACGUCAAUAGCAUGACAUCAGAACAACGAAAGCUGCUCAUUGGGCAGCUUGCCUUAUCUAGCCAGCACGCUCAGUUCGCCGCCACAGGACAAGGUAAUCACCCACCCGCUGCGGGAACUCCUGUGCCACCACUGGGAGCCUUUGGUGGAUUGGGAAACCUUGGGGGGAUGACAGCUUUGAGUGCGGCAGCGUCAAUGUUGAGUGGUUCCUCGAAUGGUUCCGCGCAAAAUGUUACCGCCUGGCAAAGUAUCUAUCCUGCCGCCACAGCUUGGUCAACUCCUCCCAGCUCAAGUCCUGCUGGCCAAUCCGCAGGGCAAUCGCUUCUGCCCACGAUGCUUCCUAUCGUGUACCCGUUCGGAGGGGGGAUUCAAAUGAUACCACAGAUGCAGCUUCAACACUUCUCACAGAACCCUCUUCAAGCACAGCCAGUAGCGUCGUAUCCCACAACCCCUCGACCGGCAGUACGCCCUAGUCUCUCUCAAGCUACGCAACAACUCCGGGACAAUAUUCUAGCAAAAGUCCGUGCAACUGGUCUCCCAUCAUCACCCACCCCGUUUGCUUCAGGAUCGACGUCACCACUAAUAUAUGGGACUCCGAAGCGACAAUGGUCCGCUUCUCCAUCUCCCACCAGCUCUGUAAAGCGGCCACGCGGCAGGCCGCCAAAGACGAGCUACACCGACGUACAACAUCCACCACUUGUUGCGUCGUCGUACCGGCCUCCCGAACCUACCUUAGAAGAAGUAAAAAAUCAACAGGAGAUCCAGCGAAGGGUCCAUGAAGCUCUCGUGGCCGAUCAACGAGCUGCCCGAGAGCCAGAUCUAUCGCCGUUCAAAUCUGUUGACGACGUAAUUAAUCGGUUGUUACCAUUCCAUGUAUAUCAAUUUGGCGAACCGCAAAAGCCGCCAACUGAACUUGAAGCCAAUCUUCCCACAACUGAAAAUCUCAUCGCGAGGGCUAGAGCUGUAGUGGAUCAGAUCAAUGAAUGGCAGUCUUCUGAAAAGCAGCGUCCAUCAAAACACCUUGUUCGUUUGGCCGAGCGCCUAGUUAUGGAAGAUUUGGCAUCGGACGGCGCCAGCUGAUGCACAUAAUUGUAAAUUAAGACUACUGACGGCCCCCUCGCCGCUAAUGUAUAUCAACUGUAUAUAAGAUAAUAUGCUCCUACUCGUAAUGUGCUCCUCCUCUUACUAACCACUCGUCGUUCAUCUAGCUAGCUGAGGCCUGUCCAGACCGACAGAAAGAGCUCUCAUGCUCGAAUUCGACUGGAAAUGGUCCGGACGCCAUGCAAACCACCACGAUGCAGUAUUAUACAGCGAGCA